CUCAUGAUAAGCGUUUAUUAGUCAGUUAAGCAUGGGCAUUCAAAUCAAAUCUGGCGGAGAAAUUCCUUUUCGACUUCGAAAUUCCACAAGAAACGAAAACAAACAUUUUUGGUUUGUCACGUGCGUCGCCUCGCAUCCGCGAUUCUGGCCAACGCCGAUGACAUCAUCAGCCGUAGCCAGGGCACUUUACCAGGAGUAGUUUCCUUUCCUAUCUUUGGCAUGCUCCAUCUGCGAUAUUUUAACAUCUUUGACUUCUUCAUAUCGCAGUUCGAGCAUAAUUUCUAGAGCCUCUCAGCUCUUAUUCAUUGCACGAUGUCAGAUAAGCUCAAGAACAUGGCCGUCGCCGAAGCCAACAGCGCUCGUGCAGCAUCCCAAGCAGUCCUCAAAUCGGGCGCUUAUCUGUACCCGAUCAAGGGUAUUAUCUACUUCGCAACCCACAAAGAUCUUUGGGGUCCCUUUAUGUCUCGCGUCGGGCGCACUCUCGGUCUAGGAAUGGGCAUUACGUCAUUCAUGUUCUUCUUCACCUAUGUGCCCCAGAUGGCCAUCAUGGCCUUUACCAGUGGUCCACUGGCCGCUGUUUCUGCAGCUUUGCUAGUCCUCACUGAAAGCGCGACCAUCACUAAUCUUCUAUCUCGCUCCUUCAUGGUAGAAGAUGCGCUGAUCGAUACGUUCGAUGGAACACUGAUUGCCCGGGAUCAGGAACCUCUUGUCGCCCAAGGUCGUCAACUCAAGCCUCGAUCGGGGGGAAGGGAUGCGGUGGCAAGACUGGGCAAGAUUAUUUCGCGCCCACUUUCUAGAUUCACACCCCAGGCUAUCUUUAGAUCGCUGAUUUACUUGCCCUUGAACUUGAUCCCGGUAGUUGGGACAGUGCUGUAUAUCGCCGUUCAAGGCAAGCGUGUCGGACCGGCACUGCACACACGUUAUUUUGAAUUGAAGGGGUGGAAUGCCCAACAACGGGAGGAGUGGAUCGCAAAUCACAGGGGCGCAUAUACUGGACUUGGCAUAGCUGCAUUUGCUCUAGAGAUGGUCCCGUUCGCCUCCAUUGCUUUUUCUUUCACCAACACAGUUGGAGCAGCACUGUGGGCAGCAGAUCUGGAAAAGGCAUCAAAAUAAGCAGUGGAAAGGAGCUACAAUUGGAAGACGGCGAGCAGAGGUGUAUUCGAGAGAUCAUUGUCGUAGCAUUCAAAGCCGGGAAGCAUAAUGAUAAUCCUUACAAGGGAAGACCAGUAAUGACAUGUUGAAUUGUUGAUUUGCGAAAAAUG